AUGCAACGCGGCCCAGCAGAGGCUGCUGACCAGUGCGCCAACUGCGGGCGGGCGGGGUGCCAGUCGUGGCGGCGGCAGCCCACGACACGCGAGCGGCUGUGCACCACCUGCGGCGCAUACAGCAGCCUGCACGGCGGAGCCAUGCGGCCACAGGUGUACUGGGAGCGGCAGUGGGAGGCCCGGCAUGAGGCGGUGGCAGAGGCGGCGGUGGCGGCAGGGCUGGCGGCAGCGGCGGAUGUCCUGUCACCAUGCUGCCACUGUGGGGUGGUGCCAGACAAGAAACGGCACCCUUCGCUGCACCCCCGCACCCAGAAGCGCAUUUGCAAGACCUGCCACCACUACUCCUGGCGCCACGAUGGCAAGAUGCGGCCGCUGCACCAGGCGGGCACCCGCCGCGGUGUUUGGCGCACCCCUGUGGCGCGGCGGCGCAGGCAGCAUGCCGCCCUGGCAGAGACUGACGCCGAGGCAGCUGCUGUCGCCGAGUCCGGGGUCCCUUGGGGCAGCAACGGCAGAGCGAGGGCCAGGACGAUCCUGGAGCUGGUGCAGCGUCACAGCCACUGGCAGCUGCCUGCGGGCCACAUUGCCUGGCAGCUGCCAGCCGAGGCUGCAGAGGUGGCCGGCGCCUGGCGCUGGCAGCGCCCCCCGCGGCCACUUGCUGCCGAGGAGCAGGAGGCAGGAGGCAGGCGGCGCAGCUGGCAGGCUGGCGAUGGCAACACAGAGGCGCAGCCUGCGGACUGGCAAGGCCCGCUGCACGGCCGGCGGUGGGAGCUGCCCCAGCUGCUGCACCGGCCAGCCUGGCAGUCCAGGCGGCGGCAGCGUGCGCGCGCCGACGAGGAAGCCGUGUCGGAGCCACAGGCAGAGGGAGAGGCAGAGGAUGGGCAGGCAUACGAAGGCGGCGACGACCAGGGGCUGUUCAUGGGGUGGGAGGGCGCUGAGUCAGAUGAUGGUGCAGCUGGCAGCACAGGCUGCUGGCAGGCAGAGGGGUUGUCAGAGGUGGAGGUGGAGGCAGACGAGAUGGACGCAGAGGAGGAGCCGCAGGAGGAGGAGGAAGGCUUGGAGGAGGAGGAGGAAGAAGAGGAGGAGCAGCAGGAGGAGGAGCAGCAGGAGCUGGAGGUUCCUGAUUCUCCUGCCUCACCAUACCACCCCUUCCGAGGACUUAGGGAGCAGGUAUGGCGUUCUGAUUGGGAGUUUGGUGAUGACGGGGAGGAGGCACAGGCAGCUGAGGCAGCUGCUGGCGCCUCAGAGGAUGAGGAGAUGGCAGAGCGAGUGCCGUCCAGGGGCCAGCCCGGCUGGCGCCAGCUGGAGGCGCAGCAGCAGGGGGUGCAGCGCAGCAUGGGGUCGCUCCGGGUCGAGGACCGGCGGCGGCAGCAGCCAAGGAGAGAGCCUGGCUUGAAUGAACGGCGGCACCGCCAGCAGCGGGAGCGGGAGCGGGAGCGGGCGCGGGAGCGGCAGGGCUCCUCUGAGCGGCAGCCGAGACGGUGGGCAGGGUGGGGUCGUGAGCGAGGCCCCCGCAUCUCCUGCGCCCGGCCUGCGUAUUACGAGCGCGGCCUGGAGCGCAUGUGUGGUGCCUGGCGAGGCUGCCCAGGCAAGCUGCCGCUGGAGCUGCCCCUGCUGUCGCUCUCGGCUGCCAAGGAGCUGAACGGGAAGCUGGCGACUGUGCGGCCCGACAACCGAGAGGUGUGGGAUCUGCUCAAGCGCCAGCACGCGCCGGCGCGUGUGCUGCGUGCGGUGCGGGAGCAAUGA